GAGGGGGGGAUGAAACAGCAGCAGGAAGAGGAGCAAGAAGGAGCCGGGGAGCCAGCUCGUGCUGGGAAGAGCCCACGAAAAAGCGCGCCUCGCAGAACUUUUUUUUUUUCUGGGCGAAAGGCGCGUAAGGGAAAGUCCUUCGCCAGCAGCUAGGGAUGCGUAGGAAGCCCAGGGACAGACCGAGGAACCGGCAGCAGCAGCUCAGGGUCGAAGUGGAGGAGCAAUAGCGCCCGGGAAGGAGGCGGAGGCUGCACCACCUGAAGCAGCAGCAGCAGCGCCGGCGCGAGGGUCCUUAUUGGCGCGCCACGACGGAGCGUGGCUGGCUCGGGUUGCCCCGCCCCGCCUUGGCCGUCGAGAGAAGCCGCGCUCACGAUGAGACGCUUUCGCUGCUGCUCUAUGCCGGGCUCGCUCUGAGGGGAAGGUUGACCAGGAGGCGCCCGGGACCCGGCGGCGGGUGGAGGCAAUAUGCAGAAGAGCGUGCGCUACAACGAGGGGCACGCCCUGUACCUGGCGGUGCUGGCUCGCAAGGAGGGCACCAAGCGCGGCUACCUGAGCAAGAAGACGGCGGAGACGAGUCGCUGGCACGACAAGUGGUUCGCGCUCUACCAGAACGUGCUCUUCUACUUCGAGAGCGAGCAGAGCGCCCGGCCCGCGGGCAUGUACAUGCUGGAAGGCUGCACCUGCGAGAGGGCGCCGGCCCCCAAGGGCGCCUCCGCCGUCAGCGCCAAGGAGGCCGCGCUGGACAAGCAGUACUAUUUUACCGUCCUCUUUGGUCAUGAAGGACAGAAGCCACUUGAGCUCCGUUGUGAGGAGGAAGCAGAUGGAGAAGAAUGGGUAGAGGCUAUUCACCAAGCCAGCUAUUCAGAUAUCCUGAUUGAGCGAGAAGUUUUAAUGCAAAAAUAUAUUCAUCUAGUUCAGAUUGUAGAGACAGAAAAGAUUUCAGCCAAUCAGUUACGACAUCAGCUUGAAGAUCAAGACACAGAAAUUGAAAGGCUUAAAUCAGAGAUUGUAGCUCUUAACAAAACAAAAGAACGAAUGCGACCUUAUCAAGGCAACCAAGAAGAAGAAGAUCCUGAUAUUAAGAAAAUCAAAAAGGUUCAGAGUUUUAUGCGAGGUUGGUUGUGUAGAAGAAAAUGGAAGACAAUUGUCCAGGAUUACAUUUGUUCUCCACAUGCAGAAAGUAUGCGAAAGAGAAAUCAGAUCGUUUUCAACAUGGUUGAGGCUGAAUCUGAAUACGUACACCAGCUUUAUAUCCUUGUGAAUUGUUUUCUAAGGCCGUUAAGAAUGGCUGCAAGUUCAAAGAAACCACCAAUUAGCCAUGAUGACGUCAGUAGUGUAUUCCUCAACAGUGAGACUAUAAUGUUUCUUCAUGAAAUAUUUCAUCAAGGAUUAAAAGCAAGAAUAGCAAACUGGCCUACUUUAAUUUUAGCUGAUUUAUUUGAUAUCCUGCUACCAAUGCUGAAUAUUUAUCAAGAAUUUGUUCGGAAUCAUCAAUAUAGUCUCCAGGUCCUUGCAAACUGCAAGCAGAACAGAGAUUUUGACAAACUCUUGAAGCAGUAUGAAGCCAACCCUGCCUGUGAGGGCAGAAUGCUUGAGACAUUCCUUACUUAUCCCAUGUUUCAGAUUCCUAGAUAUAUAAUAACCCUCCAUGAACUUCUGGCUCACACACCGCAUGAGCACGUAGAAAGAAAAAGCCUUGAAUUUGCUAAAUCUAAGCUAGAAGAGCUUUCAAGAGUGAUGCAUGAUGAAGUGAGUGACACAGAAAACAUACGGAAAAAUCUGGCAAUAGAAAGAAUGAUAGUAGAGGGUUGUGAUAUAUUAUUGGACACCAGCCAAACUUUUAUACGACAAGGUACUCUGAUACAAGUACCUUCCGUUGAGAGGGGGAAACUUAGUAAAGUUCGCCUGGGAUCAUUGUCUUUGAAAAAAGAAGGAGAAAGGCAAUGUUUUUUAUUUACAAAACACUUUUUAAUUUGUACAAGGAGCUCUGGAGGAAAGCUGCAUCUACUUAAGGCAGGAGGUGUUCUCUCGUUAAUAGAAUGCACACUAAUUGAGGAGGCUGAUACGAGUGAUGAUGACUUGAAAGGUUCUGGGCAAGUGUUUGGACAUCUUGACUUCAAGAUUGUGGUUGAACCAGCAGAUGCGCCUCCUUUUACCAUUGUCCUGUUAGCCCCUUCACGGCAGGAAAAAGCAGCCUGGACAAGCGACAUUAGUCAGUGUGUUGACAACAUACGGUGCAACGGUUUAAUGACCAUAGUAUUUGAAGAAAACUCCAAAGUCACUGUGCCACAUAUGAUCAAAUCUGAUGCACGUCUUCACAAAGAUGACAUUGACAUCUGCUUCAGCAAAACACUAAACUCCUGCAAAGUGCCCCAGAUUCGUUAUGCAAGCGUUGAACGCCUUUUGGAGAGAUUAACAGACUUGCGAUUUCUCAGUAUUGAUUUCCUUAAUACAUUCCUACAUACUUAUCGCAUAUUUACUACUGCAGCAGUUGUCUUGGAGAAACUGUCGGAUAUAUACAAAAGGCCUUUCACCUCAAUCCCUGUUAGAUCUUUGGAAUUGUUUUUUGCUACUAAUCAAAACAACAGAGGAGAACACCUGGCUGACGCAAAAUCACCACACCUUUGCCGCAAAUUCUCUUCCCCUCCACCUCUAUCACUCUCUAGGACUUCCUCGCCUGUCAGAACCAGGAAACUGUCACUAAGUUCUCCACUAAAUUCUAGGGUAGGGGCUUUAGAUCUGUCUACGUCCUCUCUUGCCAGUAGCCCUACCUCAACAUACAGCCCUGCCACUUCACCACCACCCACGCUAUCUAAAGUACCAUUGGACCUUAGCAAAGGCCCUUCAUCUCCAGAACAAAGUCCUGGCUUUGCAGACGAAAACUCAGAGAAUCCACGUAUUGAGCUUUGCAACAAACUAAGGAGAAGCAUCCGAAGAGCAGCGGUUCUGGAAUCUGUAUCAGUGGAUCGCACUAUCCCAGAAAGUGCCCCAACUGUGGAGACUCCUGAGCUCUCCCCGUGUAGAUCCCCUUCGACUCCACGACAUCUACGUUAUCGACAGCCAGGGGUACAGGUGACUGACAACAGCCAUUGUUCCGUUUCACCUGCUUCUGCUUUUGCUAUUGCUACAGCUGCAGCUGGGCAUGGGAGCCCACCAGGGUUUAAUAACUCUGAACGAACAUGCGAUAAGGAAUUCAUAAUACGUCGAGCAGCUACUAAUCGUGUCCUGAAUGUCCUUCGCCACUGGGUCUCAAAGCAUUCUCAGGAUUUUGAGCUAAACAAUGAACUGAAGAUGAAUGUUCUAAAUCUGCUAGAAGAAGUUUUGAGAGAUCCUGACCUUUUGCCACAAGAAAGAAAAGCUACAGCAAACAUCUUGAGAGCACUCUCUCAGGAGGAUCAAGAUGACACCCAUUUAAAAAUUGAGGAUAUAAUGCAGAUGUUAGAGUGUCCAAAACCAGAGUGCUUUGAAACUUUAUCGGCUAUGGAACUCGCUGAACAAAUCACUCUCUUAGAUCACAUUGUUUUCAGGAGCAUACCCUAUGAAGAGUUCCUUGGACAGGGUUGGAUGAAACUGGAUAAAAAUGAAAGAACACCUUAUAUAAUGAAAACCAGCCAACACUUUAAUGAUAUGAGCAACCUUGUGGCUUCCCAAAUUAUGAAUUAUGCUGACAUUGGUUCACGUGCUAAUGCAAUUGAGAAAUGGGUAGCAGUUGCAGACAUCUGCCGAUGUUUGCACAACUAUAAUGGUGUGCUUGAAAUCACAUCAGCCUUGAACAGAAGUGCAAUCUACAGACUGAAGAAAACCUGGGCUAAGGUUUCUAAACAGGCUAAAGCCCUUAUGGAUAAACUUCAGAAGACUGUAUCAUCUGAGGGAAGAUUUAAGAAUCUCAGAGAAACACUCAAGAAUUGUAAUCCCCCUUCAGUGCCAUAUCUUGGGAUGUACUUGACAGACCUGGCAUUUAUUGAAGAAGGAACACCCAACUUUACUGAAGAAGGCCUUGUAAAUUUUUCCAAAAUGCGAAUGAUAUCACAUAUUAUCAGGGAGAUACGACAGUUCCAACAGACUUCCUAUCGCAUAGAAUACCAACAAAAGGUCACUCAGUACUUACUUGACAAGAGUCUCAUCAUAGAUGAAGAUACUUUGUAUGAACUAUCCCUAAAAAUAGAACCUAGGCUGCCUGCCUGAAAAAAACCAGUGCUUUCCUUCAGCCUACAGAGAACUUUAGAGUAAUGGGGAAAUUAUGCAUGAUGUGCCCCCCUACAGAAUGCAAGGGGGAAAAGCUGGAAGAAAUUCAAAUUCCCUUUUCGAUUAAGGGACUCAGAGCCUCACAGAGAUUCCUUUUUGGGCACAGAGAAGCAGUUGCUGGAAGUAAAAGACCAAACGCCAGAGAUGUUGAUUAAACAGCUGUUGUUUUGCAAACGUGACAGUUUAGUGAAACAGAGACCUAAUGAAGAGAAAGGAAAUGGCUGUAAUAACCACUCUGAAUGAGGGAAUAAUGGGGCAAAGUUAAGUAUGGAUAACACAUUCCAUUAGACUUCAAUGAAUGAGGAAAUACAAGUGUAAAGCGAGAGGCUUUGCCUACCCUUAUUUGGACACAAUGCAGGAGCCACAAAGAGCAUGCAAGGAACUACGCAUUUUGAUCCAGUUUGCAAUUCAUCGUGUCCAUUGUAAAGUAGUAUUUUAAUCCGCAGAUGAUAAUAUCUAAGAGCAUCAUCAACUGCAUUUGUUAUUUAAACCAUUCAUUUUAAUUGAAAGUAUCUCAUUCGUCAAUAAAUCCUGGUAACUCCUUUCCCCAAAAGGCUGGGGAGUAGAGAUGCAGCUUAUUAAAAGCUACCUUAAUAUUGUACAUACAUUUUUCCUUCUCUAGAAGUAUGAUUAGUUAAUCUAGGGUACAAAUGGAUACACUACCUUACAAUGUUGUCAGACAUAACACACUUAGGUGGGAUUCUUAAAUUUGAUAUUUGAGUUCCAUGGCAAAGACUGGCCCUAUAGAACAGGAAUGGGGAACUGAUCAAUUGUCAUGCUGGCGGAGAUUGUUAUCGUAGGAACUGCAGUCUAGCAGCAUCCGUAGGGCCACCAAACUCCCACCCCCUACUAUAGUAGAGUAAUUGCUUUGCUCUUGGUUUUGGCAGAGCUAUUUCUAUAACUUUUGUUUUAAAAUAUGUUUCCCAAUACUGAGCAUGCCAUGUGUGCUCCUGUGCAUAUAUGCACAGCACUUUACAUUUGUGGGCUUCCUCCAUCAACUUUGGAGAGCAGUUCCACUGCUAUCACUAAGCUUUUCUCCCCACCCUCCUUCCAUUAGUACCAAAGCCCUAUCUCCAAUCAGGAAUAGGUCAACCAAAGUAAUCAUAAUGACUGAAUCGUAUGGCUCUGAACUUCUGUUAGUCCCAUGUACUUUAGAACCGGUUCUAAAGGUUUAGAUCAGGCAUCCCCAAACUGCGGCCCUCCAGGUGUUUUGGCCUACAACUCCCAUGAUCCCUAGCUAACAAGACCAGUGGUCGGGGAAGAUGGGAAUUGUAGUCCAAAACAUCUGGAGGGCCCCAGUUUGGGGGUGCCUGGUUUAGAUGUUGGCAGUGUCAGACAGAUCACACCCAUGCAUUGCUGCUACAUGCCAUUGCACUGUGAUGUGCAUUUAAACACCGCUGAGCCUCACAUAAUGGUUGCACGGAUCUCCUUGCACACACUAGAACUCAAUGAAGUCUUUGCAGCCUUGAUCAUAUAGGAAUUACUGAUUUUUUUGCACUUAACAACAUUGCUAAGAAAGGUUGAUCUAUAUAAAUUACACUCUGGCACCAGUAAUUCUGGGGGGGGGGCAGGAGGAGUAGAAACAUUAUUAUUAAAUUAGAAUUAUUUUUUUAAAAAGCAGUAAUUCGUCCACUCAUUGGAUAAAUGAAAACAUACUUUGUUCCCUUUUAAAAUACUGCAAAGGAUUCCACCUCCACUACCCCCCCUUCCCAUAUGCCAUCCUUAAGAACCAAAACUUAUGGGACACAAUCUAGGGAAAAUCAAGCAACUUUAGGUCAUAUUGAAUUCAACAGGAAGAAUGUACUUUUAAUACUUAUCAAAUCAGUGUGAUUUCUGGCUUGUGACCCCCUUAGUACUAGCUUUCCCCUCCUAUGUAUUCCCUGAUUAAGUCAUUUUAUUUAAAAUGCUUGUGAUACUUCCUUUGGUUCUUUAAUAAGAUGUAGCCUCCUUUUUGUAGUUGCAUGGAAAGUGAACACAAACACAUCAUUAAAAGCAGAAUGCAGAUACUAGCACUGUUGAAUAACUAGGCUGGAAAAGUGCCCUUACUUUUCCAAUGACUUAACAGCCAGUUGACAAAAUAGGGCUAAAUAUCAUUAUUUACCUCCCUUAAACCCUCUCAGGGAGACAAGUGUUUUAAAAAAGAUUGCCAUCUAAGGCAUAUUUGAACUGAUCUUUACCAGACUAAGCUGCUAAAUGCUAACAAUAGAAAAUGGAUCUGCCUAGCUUCUGUUUUGUUUGCGCAUUUUUUCAUCUUUAUUUGCACUUUAAUAUAUAUUGUCGGCCCAGAGAAGAGCUGAACAAUAAAUUCCACUUAUGUCUAACUGCAAAUACUAUUAGCAUGUAUUAAGUAUCCGUGCAGUAAUAAGUUUCUACCUGCUAGAGGCCUGGGUUUUACUAUUAUUAAUAAACGCACGACUGGAUGUCAAAGAAGUCUUGGGAAAUUCUCAGAAAGUUUUUUUUAAA